GCCGAUCCGGCCCGGCCCGCCCCCGCCUCGCCGGCCUCGCUGCGCGCCGGUGCGCGGCGCCCAGUCCCCGCCGCAGCGGCCGCCCGCGUCCCGGGCCCGAGCGCGCCCACGCCGCGAGGCCGGUGUGCCGGGGAACCGACGCGUGGCCAUGGAGUGGGAGCCCCGCGCCAAGGUUGCGCUGGUGCCGGGGCGGAGCGGCUGCGGGCCUUCCUCCCGCCACCGCCGCCCGGGGUUGCUGCUCCCCGGCCUCUGGCUGCUGCUGCUCGCCCGGCCGGCCUCGUGCGCCCCAGAUGAGCUCUCCCUGGAACAGCACAACCCUUCUUUAAGUCUCGAGGAGCUCCUGCCGGAGACAAGCAUCAUGCCCAGCGCUGCACAUGUGGCCUUACCAGAGACUCCAGGGUCCCAGCCAAGCAUCCCUGCCCUUGCCCUACCCUCUGCAUCUGCUCCCACUUUUGAUACAGCCUUUUUAAAUCACAGACAUCAGACUCAAAGUACAACAGAGCACAACGUCUUUGGGGCACAUUAUGGAUUCGUGCCGAGUAACGAGGUGGCGGUUGAUGAUGAUGAGAUGGAUAACUUUCUGCCAGAUGAUCCCUGGACCUCUUCACGGGUGCUUUCCCCAACGCAGUCUGUCACACCGAGCCCACUGGAGCCACCCCGGGAAAUGCCAGAGCCUGGGAUGACUCCAUCGCUACCCAGGAUUUCUUUGCAGGAUGAAAUGCUAUCCGCAUGUCAGAACACAGUGCAACGGGCAACUGCGCACAUUGAGUCCGCCAGUGAUUUCAGCUCUUCCUGGUCAGCUUUUCUCACAUCUGAGGGCAUCAUUCCAACUCCUAGCAGGAGUUUGGUGCUUCAUCCUACGGAAGUUCACAGCCAGUUAUCGAGCAAGGCUUUGCCAGAGAUUGUAGCUUCCAUAACCGAGGGCGCAGAAGACCUCCUUUCCAGCUCCUGGAUUUCAGUGUCUCAGCCGUUCGGCGGUGGCGUGACUCAGCAGCCAUCUGUUCCCCUGUGGGAGGCGACACAGCCUCUUCUGGGUGUCCUGGCCACAAGCACAGACAGAUACCCUAAUGGGACCACUGCUUGGAAUAAACAUCUAGAGGAAGCCAUCUCUCUAAGAACACUCCCCAGUGCAACCAUGUCAGCUACAGACCCUGUUUUUAUCGGCCCACCUUCUGCGUUAUUCUCAGCCCCGCUGUCAUCUGUGUCUCUUGCUACCCAGUCAGCCGGCAUUUCGGAUAACCCCUUCCUCUCUAGCAGGGCCGGGGAAACCUCAGAACCACCGCGCAGCUCCACGGUCCCCAGCUUUACUGACCAGCCCCAUGUCCUCAACCCUGAGGCAUCCUUGAGACCACAUACCUGGUGUGUGUCCUGUGCUGUCCCAUCACCUCAGCAAGCUCUGGCCAGGAGCCUCACGGAGAAGGACAUGGGAUCAGGGGACGGGCUUGAGGCUCUGUCUACGGCCUCGGUGGAAGUGAGCCGUCUCUCUCCGUCGAGCAGCAUGGGCACAGACCUCUCUGAACUUGAAGAUCUUCAAGAAUUUGAUACUCUUUCCUCUUCCAGACCUGCCGUCCCCCUUCCUUCCAGCUCCGUGGGGUUCUGGGAAGUCCGCGUGGAUAUGUCACCUGAGGUGGAUAUGAGCAGCAUCGUCACCACCCAGGUGUACUCUUCCCACGGCCCCCUCUCCACACCAAGCUCACUUGAUUCCGCUUUUGGCCUCUCCGUCACCAACGAGCUAGCGACGCCAUCCAGUGUGACCCAUCUGUCGUCCUCAGUCAUCCCCAGCGUCCCUUUUGACUCAUCUUUCUCUUUGACAGCAGCUCAAAGCACGCCAUCCCUCCCAGCUGGACACCUAAGCCUUCGCACCUCCUCCAGUUCCGUCUCCUCAGUAGAGUCUAAAGUUUCUGCUGAUCUCGAACCGACCAGCUUUUUGGAACUCGAGUCUGGAAGUCUUUUGGAUUCCACAUCCAGCUUUUCCUCAACUCCAGUCGUGGGCUUCAGCACUCCGGCCCCUUCACGGUCAGAUGUGCUUGCUUUUCCAUCCUUGACGUCAAGUGACCCAUCAACCUUCCUUUCUCAGCCUUUCCCCACCACAGCCGAGACAUUUUCAUUGUCCAGCUUUAUCAGUUUACAGUCCCCUCAGCUUUUUGUUUCUAACCCCACGAGUCUAGAGCCAUCUCAACCUUGGUCCAGUUCAGACCUCCUCGUGAAGACAGCCACUCUCUUUCCUAGGCACUCCGAAAUGCCCCCGCUUUCAAGCUCCCCCUCUGAUUCUCUCAAGUUCGCCGAAGCGUGGAGAGUUUCCCUGGUCCAGUCCGACGCUCAUCUCGCCUCCACUUUCUCUGAAGCUACCUCUGUCUCUGAAUUUUCACUCAUUCCCCAUGAAUCCUCAGUCAGCACACUGGUGCCCUCCAGCUCCGAGACCCCCCUUGGCAUCUCAACUGCUGGGACUCACCUCUCAUCCCUGCCAGCUGGUUUCCAUUUGACACCCAUUUUAACCGAGUCAUCUCCAUUCUCGACGCUGACGCCUUCUGACGGCAGUGUGGGCAUGACAGACCAUCACACAUCUGUCUCACCCAUAUCCUCCAGUGCCAUUCCGGCCAGCACAGAGUCAGCCUCUAGCGUAUACCCGCCAACCACCCCAUCGCUUGCUCCUGAAGUCAACCCUUCACCUCUGCCCACAAAGCCAGUCAUGGGCUCAUCAUCGACACCCACAGAUUUACCACCCAAUACCUCCCCAGAACCAAGUACCUCCCCGGAACCAAGCAUGCCCCCCAUCAGCACUGCCCCUGGUGAUACCGUGGACUCUGCUCUGAACAGCGAGCCUAUGAGUCAGAACCCUCCGGGGAACAGUGCGCCCCCUCCCCAGCCCUCCCUCGGUCCUGUGACCACCUCCACGCUCGAAGCCACAGUUGGUACACCAGCACUGGCCACAGCCAAGCCGCCAUAUGUGUGUGAUAUUACAGUUCCCGAUGCCUAUUUGAUCACAACUGUGCUGGCCAGGCGAGCUGUGCAGGAGUAUAUCAUUACAUCAAUCAAAGAAGUGUUGAGGAUUCACUUCAACCGUGCGGUGGAGCUGAAGGUCUAUGAACUGUUCACAGACUUCACUUUUCUGGUAACAUCGGGUCCUUUUAUUUACACGGCAAUAUCAGUCAUUAAUGUCCUCAUCAAUAGCAAACUUGUGCGCGACCAAACUCCUUUAAUCCUGUCUGUGAAGCCGUCUUUCCUCGUGCCAGAGCCCAGGUUCCAAGUUCAAACAGUACUGCAGUUUGUGCCUCCGAGUGUGGAUACCGGCUUCUGCAACUUCACCCAGAGCGUGGAGAAGGGCCUGAUGACAGCUCUCUUUGAAGUGAGGAAGCACCAGGGGGCGUAUAACCUCACAGUGCAGAUUGUGAAUGUCACCAUUGGUUCUUCGCGGGUGGCUCCUCGGAGGGGCCCGGUGAACAUUAUCUUUGCUGUUAAAGGCGUGCAAGGCUUCCUGAAUGGGUCGGAGGUGAGCGAUCUGCUCAGGAACCUGACGGUCGUGGAGUUCAGCUUUUACCUGGGCUACCCGGUGCUGCAGAUCGCAGAACCCUUCCAGUACCCACAGCUCAACCUGUCUCAGUUACUGAAGUCCUCCUGGGUCAGAACAGUCCUCCUGGGCGUAGUGGAAAAGCAGCUCCAUAACGAAGUGUUUCCAGCCGAGAUGGAGCGCAAACUGGCCCAGCUGCUCAGCGAGGUGCCCACCAGGAGAAGACUGUGGCGCAGGGCCACGGUGGCUGCUGGCAACAGUGUGGUGCAGGUGGUAAACGUGUCCAGGCUGGAGGGAGACGACAAUCCUGUACAGCUCAUCUACUUUGUGGAGAAUCAAGAUGGAGAGAGACUUAGUGCAACCGAGUCUUCAGACCUGAUCAACAAGGUCGAUCUCCAGAGAGCAGCGAUCAUCUUGGGGUACCGGAUUCAAGGCGUCAUUGCCCAGCCUGUGGACAGAGUGAAGAGGCCAUCCCCGGAGUCACAGAGCAGCAACCUAUGGGUCGUGGUGGGCGUGGUCAUCCCAGUGCUAGUGGUCACCGUGAUUGUCGUCAUCCUCUACUGGAAGCUGUGCCGCACAGACAAGCUGGAUUUCCAGCCCGACACGGUGGCCAACAUACAGCAGCGGCAGAAGCUUCAGAUCCCCAGUGUGAAAGGCUUCGACUUUGCUAAGCAGCACCUGGGCCAGCACAAUAAAGAUGACAUACUGAUCAUCCACGAGCCAGCGCCGCUGCCGGGACCCGUGAAGGACCACGCCACGCCCUCUGAGAAUGGAGAUGUGCCGAGUCCAAAGUCAAAGAUCCCGCCUAAGAACAUCCGCCACAGAGGAAGAGUUUCUCCCUCAGAUGCCGACUCUACAGUCAGCGAAGACUCUAGCGAGAGGGACGCGGGGGAGAAAACGCCAGCCACUGCCCAUGAGAGCAAGGCCCACAGAGCUCCGCAGAGUGGUGCUCCCCUGCCCAAUUCAGGCAACGAGCAGCAUUCCUCGGCCUCCAUCUUCGAGCAUGUUGACAGGAUUUCCCGAUCCUCAGAGGCCAGCCGGCGGGUCCCCAGUAAGAUCCAGCUCAUAGCCAUGCAGCCCAUCCCAGCACCCCCAGUGCAGCAUCCUGUGCUGGCCGACCGAGUAGCAGAAACCAACAAAAUCAACAAGGAGAUCCAGUCUGCUCUGCGCCACAAGUCGGAGAUUGAGCACCACCGCAACAAGAUCCGACUGCGCGCCAAACGCCGAGGCCACUACGAGUUCCCGGUGGUGGAUGACCUGUCUUCUGGCGACACCAAGGAGCGACAUCGAGUGUACCGCAGGGCACAAAUGCAGAUCGACAAGAUCCUGGAUCCCGCAGCCAGUGUGCCCUCUGUGUUCAUAGAGCCCAGGAAGAGCUCACGGAUAAAACGUUCUCCUAAGCCACGCCGGAAACACCAGGUCAAUGGCUGUCCUGCUGAUGCCGAGAAGGACAGGCUCAUCACCACAGACAGUGAUGGCACAUACAAGCGGCCUCCGGGUGUGCACAACUCUGCCUAUAUUGGAUGCCCAUCUGAUCCUGACCUCCCGGCUGACGUGCACACGCCGUCCUCUGCUGAGCUGAGCAGGUAUCCAGGCCUGCCCUUCUCGGCCUCGCAGUACAUCCCACCCCAGCCGUCCAUCGAGGAGGCCCGCCAGACAAUGCACUCCCUCCUGGAUGAUGCCUUCGCCCUUGUGGCUCCCAGCAGCCAGCCUACCAAUCCCGUGGGAGCCAGUCCCGGGGUGCCAGCCAGCCUGCCUGUGAACAGCACCCCUUCCAGGGAAGAGAGGCGAGCCACGCAGUGGGGGUCUUUCUACAGUCCAGCCCAGACGGCCAACAACCCCUGCAGUAGAUAUGAGGACUAUGGGAUGACUCCCCCAUCAGGCCCAUUACCAAGCAGACCGAGCUUCGGCCCAGGGUUGCUGCCGUCUUCAGAGUUGGUCCCCCCUGAGCCCUCGCAGCCACAGUCAUCAUCUGACGCUCCAUUUGCUACCCGAGGGAUCUACUCUGAGGAGAUGCCGUCCGUGGCCCGGCCUAGGCCUGUUGGGGGCACCACAGGCUCCCAGAUCCAGCACCUGACGCAGGUGGGAAUCGCAAGCAGAAUCGGGGCCCAGCCCGUGGAAAUUCCUCCUGGCAGAGGCGGCCAGUACGGGGGACCAGGCUGGCCUGUGUACGGGGAGGAGGAGGCAGGGCGAAGAGAAGCCACCCACAUGCUCGGACAUCAAGCGUAUUCUUCUUCACCGCUGUUUCAGGUGCCAAGGACUUCGGGCAGGGAGCCCUCAGCUCCUCCCGGGAACCUCGCCCACCGAGGGCUUCAGGGCCCUGGGCUGGGUUACCCUACCAGCUCCACAGAGGACCUCCAGCCUGGCCAUUCCUCCGCCUCCCUCAUCAAAGCGAUCCGCGAGGAGCUCCUGCGGCUCUCCCAGAAACAGGGCUCAGUACAGAACUUCCACAGCUGAUCAGCCUCCCUUGCAGGUUUGCCAAGUAUCUGCUUCCUGUGGAAGCAAGACCAAAAGGAAAUCAACUGAGUGGGUGUUUGUAAGAGUCGGAAGCAGCAUCUCCGGGCAAGCCGCCCGAGGAAUGGAAGAAGUUGCAAUUGUAGAAGAUGCCAGAAAGACAACUCAUGGUUCUUUGCCGAGUUAGCAAUUUGGUGGCCACUUGGAUUCAGUCAAGAUGUGUGUACUUUGGGCCAAGAGCCAGCUCUUCACACACACACACACACACACACACACACACACACACACACACACACGAGAGAGAGAAAGAGAGAAAAACCAAAACCCAGACCUAAACUAACAAAAAUGUGUUAGUCUCUUCUUUCAAAGGCAAAAAGAUUAAAACCUAUAGGUUUGGUUAGGGAUGGAGGGGGCAGCAUUCCCAUGGGAGUCUGACCGGCACGUCCAACACACCCGCUGCUCUGCUUCCUGAGAAGAGAGAUUUCAAGACAUUUUAGUCACAGCUUGGUCCCUCUUUUCCUCCACGGGAACUUAUUUAAUAGCAACGUUAACAACAAGACACCCUGAGACUGUUUGGUAAUCUAAAACGCUACUGGUGAGAAACCUAGUGAUGGGUUGUGGAGCCUGGUGAUUCCAGACAAAGCCAUCGCCUGCGUUCUUUCUCCUUCUUCUGGUGCUACAGCUCCGAGGGCCCUUCACCUUUCUGUCUGUGAGAUUCCACUGUGGCUUUUGCAGUAGGAGAGUAUGUUGGCGGUUUCGUUGUGUUCUGGGGGUGGGGGGAAGAAAAGGAAAAAGGAACUGCGUUGGGGAGGGGGAAGCUUAAUAUUUAUUUGGUUAUUCAAAAUACAUAUCAGAGUUUAGAUUUUCGGUCUUAGUUGUAUUUGCUGUUUAUUGGUUGGGCUCGCCAGCCCUUGGUGACAUGGCGGCACAUCUCGUCCAUCCUACAGAACGAGACUGUUGGGUGUCCUCGCUGCCAGGUUUUGGCAGCUUGCUUACAGUUUGCUCACAGAUUAUGUUUGAAUGAGAAGUCUUACGGAAGCAGACAUUGUUUUCAGUGAUUCUCGGGACCGCCCGGUUGUCCUGAGUCUACCCUUACUAGUCAGGUUCCCUGAGCUCCAACCUGGAAGUGGGCUUAUGUUCCUAUCAACCUCCGUAAUGACCGAAGAAAUACAGGGUUUUGAGACUACAAAGGAAAUGGAAGCUCCCCCAUUUCUGAUUUUGCUAUUUUUUUUCUUUGCCCAAAAACUGUCUUAACUCUGGGUCAGCAAGAGGUCAUCUCACAGGUCACUCCUGAAGUAAGGUCACUCAGCCUCUGACAUUAUUCUCAAUGGCAUUCUGUAUUCUGGUGCCCGAGUGAGACUCUGGGACAUUGCAGACUAACAGGAGUCCCACCCCGAGCCUCUUCAUCACAACAGAUAAUGGGGUCGAGUUUGGGGUGGGGAGGGUUGGCCUAAUCAGAACCUGUAUGUCUGGGCAAGGUUUAAGGACACGAGAACAGCUUGAACAAGCUCCCAGCCCGUGUGCCUGGUGGCAGAAUUAUUUCUGCCCUUCUUAGUCAAUCUCAGGACACACAGUUGGUACAGCCAGUGCUUAGCUGCACACUUCAGAUGAGAAAGCAUGCAGGAGGGGACCCACACUCAUCUUCAGGUGGCCCGCAGUCUACAGAGCAUGGGAGGAGACCCUGCUCUGGGUUUAUUUGCUGAUCCUGGUUUAGUAUAUACUCUUCCCGCGCUGGAAGAUCCUCUUCCCAAGCCACUCAAAAAUACAAGUCUCAAGUAUUCAGGCAGAAUUUUAUGAUGACACCUUGUGAGAAAUUCAGAUCCUACAACACAGAAUAAACGGCCCUUUCUCACCCAGCGUCUUGAGUGUUUUGGACACUGAGCAUCCUAAGAAUGAUCAUCUCCUUUGUACACUGCCAAAAUAAGCCUCGGUGUCAGAGGAUGUGGUGACAACAGCAAUUUCGAUGCCUUUGAAAUUACAACAAAGGGAUUCUACCUGUGUUUUUAUUCUUAGAGCAGAUACACCUUUCAACGGGUGUCACAACCAAAGGUGGGGUGUAGUUUGUCACGCUGACCUUUUGGGAGCUCCCGCGCUCGGUUGUUGGUUAUGGAAAGCACACUCAGUUUAUACUCCUUCCCCCUAAACACCUGCCGCGGCAGGUUUACCACACUUGAACUGCUAUGGGAUAUGCCAGGCCCAACGGGUGUCCGGUCACUCAUCCAGUGUGCUCCCCUGAAGACGGUCGUCCUGUUCAACGUGGGUAAUUUUGGUGUUCCACAUAUUAAAGCACCCCAAAAUAAAAGUUAAGUGUAAUGUCUGUCCUUUGCUCCUAAUUUUACGAGUUCUGUUGAGAAACACAAACUUGCUGCAAGUCUGAGACAGCAUUUUAGGACAGUGUGCUUGGAGACGUGCUUUUUGGAAGUCUCCUUUGUUACUAAUCCCUUGUGUCCGGUUCCUUCAGAAUGUCAGUCUUGUUACCACCGAGACCAUGCCGCCUCCCCCUCCCCCCCCCCCACCUCAUAGGAUGUGCUUCUCAGGAUCAAGUGUGAUUCUGCCUGCAAAUGCCCCUUGAGGAGGGAGCCUCCGUCACUGUGGACAUGAAAGAUGUCAUCUGUGUGAAUGUUCUGGCGUGGAUGGUGUGUUACACUGUGAUCUGCCAGUAUCUAGGUUCACAUGUAGGCAGUCAGACCCACACUGAGAGCCCAGCGUCACGUGACCCCUCUCACUGCCGGUGUGCUUCAGAGUGACCGCUUUCUCUGUUGGCUCCAAAGGUCCCCCCGAAGCAUCCUUUUUUUGCUCCUGAGUUUCUGCAGUUUCUGAUACUAUGUAGGUCAGCAGACAUGAUCCCUGUCUUCUGAGAGAGCUGAGACUCUCAUCUGGAUAGUGCAGACGGUUAUAAAAGCUGGACACUCCAGAUAAGCAGCGUGGGCUAGAUAUCCAUAGCAUGCAAAGGACACAGGUGUGCUGGGUAUUUAGAAGUCAUUGAAGUCACAUGUUUGGGGUUGAUGAGAUCUUAGGGGAGAAGUCAACUGCAGAAGCCACUUUGAUGUUACUCAGGCCAGUAAUGGUAUGGCAGGGGGUAAGUCCCACAGUUGUCCUGGGAAAAGGUUUAAAAAUUGGGUACUCUUAAAAAAAAAAAAAAGGUACUCUAAGCCAGGUGGUGGCGCAUGCCUUUAAUCCUAGCACUUGGGAAGCAGAGACAGGUGGAUCUCUGUGAGUUCGAGGAUAGCCUGGUAUACAGAGUGAGUUCCAGGACAGGCUCCAAAGAUACAGAGAAACCCUGUCUCAAAAAAAUAAAAAGGAAGAAAGAAAGAAAAAGAAAGUGACCUCGCUCUUGAGCUGAGAUAGUGUGAACACUCAACCCUUAACUGCACUGUUUGAGAAGAGGAAGCAGGGUGAGGAAACCUGUCCAAUGAGGCAGCAAGCAAAUGGCCAGGCUGGUGAGGCUCUGCCUAGCUAGGAAGAGCGGUGGGGGAAGGGAGAUCAGAGUUCAAGAACUGCUGAUGUCUGGUCUAAAGUAAGUCAGUGGUGUUGACAUGGACCCUUAGCUUGUGGCGGAUCUCCAUGGCCCUCUGUGGUCUUUAGCAGGUUGUGGAUAGGUACAUCUGGCUUCUUUACACCGCCAUGUUUUCCUCCAAUUUUUAUUUCAUUUCAGAGUGUGUGUUGAUUUUGAUGGCACAAUGACUUUUAAGCAGUUGGGUUUUUGCCAAGCGGAAUUUUUGAAGACAUGAGGCCUGUGACCCAAAGCGCGUGCAGGUCUCUUAUGCCUGGAAGGCUUCCGGCUGAAACCAGCAAACCCCUAUUUUCUUGUCUACAAUGUUUACUGCAGUUUCAGGUCUUUGUGAGUGCUCUAGACACCAAGCUAGUCCCCAGACACUAGUCUGUUUUGGGAGGACUUCACGAGUUAAUCAUUCGUUAGGCCUGCCUUGACCCCUUCACCCUGGAUUCUUAGGUGGGAAUGAAUUAGACACUUGGACAAAUGUUGGAUCAAGGUUCUGGGCACAGGGCCGGGUGCUCCUGUCUUUACUAAGCUCACUGCUAGUGGAGUUUUUGCCCUGCCAUUUCUACCUCCAAAGCGAGGCUCCAGAGCUUGUCAGCAGAGCCUGCUCCUCCACAGCUGGUCCAAGCUGGCGUAGGAGGAAGUCCGCUUCACCUGUGGGCACAAACACGUCCGAAUGAGACAGUCCCUGGAGCUUCGCCAUUUAGUCCAGCCCAUUACAGGCAUUCCCGGAACAGGUGA